CACGUUCGAAUCCGCCCCGCCCCCGCCCGCUGUUAUGUGCGCGGCUCCCAUGGCAUCCGGCGCCCAGCCGCAGCAGCCCGCCGCCCUGCAGCAGCAGCAGGAGGAGGAGGCGCAGGCGCAGAAGCCGACGAGGGUCUCGCUCUCCUACGAGGAGAUCUCCAAGCUUUUCUCCCUCCCUAUUGCGGAGGCAGCCUCCAUCCUCGGUGUUUGCACUAGUGUCCUGAAGCGGAUAUGCCGCAGCCACGGUAUUGUCCGGUGGCCAUAUCGAAAGCUUGUCUCUGGAAAGUCUGGUGAUGAUACAAAAAGUGCAGAAAGAGAGAAAGCUAAGGAACUUCUUGAGAUAUCCAGACUUGCAAAACAAAAGGCUCUAAGCGCAUCUGGUCUAUCAACAGUAUCACCAGGCACUUUCCAAGGAGUAGCGAAAUCUCAACAAGGCAGUUCAAAGGCAGGACAAGUGUCACCCCCAGGCAAACAAAAUGCACUGAGUGGGUCGGGAAUAUUGGCCCAUGGUACCCAAACCAAAGCCAUCCCAACCUACAUGGACGACUUCAAGCAUGGAUUCCCAUCGUGUGGCUUGUCUUGGGAAACCAUGAAAUGGUGGGGGACUGACAGCCACACAGAGACCACUCCUGCGAAAGACGAGAACGGUGAAGCCCCCGAAUCAGCCAACGAGGCUUCGAAAGGUAUGACCGACGACGAUGAGUUGGACUGGGGAGCAGAUGAAGCCGAAGCUGAAGCGAUCACGACAGAACCAUCUGCACAGCUUUGCACGCUGAGAAGGAAAGCAGUAGACGACGGGCGCAAGCUGUUGACCGGCAAGACCUGCGGGAGCCUGGAGCUGUGCAGGCUGAAUAAGAGGCAGAAGAUGGCUCUGGCCCAGGUGUUCGGAGCUUCGCUGCCGGAGCAGUCGAGCAGGCUUGGGUGAUGAUUUUGCGUUGCCGUUGUACCUCUUGUGUGUAACACUAGCUAGUAGUGACCACCUGACCGGCACGGUUAGCUGGUUCCUGAUGUAACUUGUCCUGAUCCAUUUGUGUUGUGACAACCACUACUAUAUAAGUUCGUUUUGAAAAGGAUGGCUGGAGCUUUGCCUGCCAACCUGCUUUCCCAAAUCUCGUUGGUAUGGUACUUUUCACU